CGAGACCCCCAUUUUCCCCCUCCCAUAUAUUCAUUCCCAAACAGUCACACGUCGCACAAGCCGAGGCAUGAUUGCUGCAAGCAUGUUAAUUCCCGUAUUGAGAAAAAGGGUGAACAAGUAAUGCACAAAGGAAGAAAAGAAAAAACGAAAGAAAAAAGAGUGUAA